AGGGUCUCUUGCAUGGUAUCUAUUGAUACUGAGAUGAAGAAGCGAGAGAAUGUGAAUGAGAAGCAGCCGGCAGAUGAAACUGGUCGCUGAAAGCAUACACUCACAAGCACCUCAUUGGGAAGCGCUGAGAGUCAACAUACUAACUUGUCCCGAUCCGACAAGAUGGUUCUCGAGCUGGAGGGCGUUGCCCAAAACCCGCCGAAGGUUCACACCUUCAAGAAUCCGUUCUUCAAGUACCAUGGGAAAUGGGAAAAAGGCCUAAUCAAGUCCGGGCCCGGGACAAUUCUCAUGGACAAUGGUCACACCUACGUCGCCUGCAGCUUCACCGAGGGGGAAAUCUCGGGCGAAGGUGUUUAGAAUUUUAGUGCCGUUGCAUGCGGGAAACGAAAACGAAUGGACAUGGAGCAGUUGCAGGCACAUGAAAUUGGAAAUCAAACUGACAUUGUGCGCUUCUGCGCAAAUCGACACUUUUUUCAAUAUAAUUCAGGUGUCCGCGUCCGAUGUCCCGAACUUCCCGCGGACGCGCCGGCCGAGAAACAGGCCGAUGCGUUCCACUUCCACCCGAGUUGCGAAGUCUACCAGGGCCAGUUCCGGAAAGGCGAGGCGCACGGAUACGGGACGCAAGAGAAGAAGCUCCUGAUCAACCUGCGCGGGCAGUACUCCGCCUACCAGACGGAGCUCGAGGACGUCGGUCUGGCCAGUCCAACGACGAAAAAAGCAAUUUUCGGUUCCGGGAGCGCUAUGGCCGCCGCGGCUGGCGGGGGGGCGGUUAAGUUUAAGCCCUCUGCGCCUUCCGCAGCUGCGUCGCGACCAGAAAGCCGGGGGUCGUCUUCCGGCGGAGUGAAGGGCAUGAGUCUGGAUGCCUACAUGGGCCAGAAAAAGGACCAAACCGUCGUCAACGCCGCUAUCGUGGAGGCGGACGCGGGUUUUGGUAGUCGCACGGGCACGCCGGGCACGAUAAACAUGUCCGUUGCGGCGUCUUCCGGCGACGCAGCCGGGUCCAGUUUGAAGACCAAAACUACCUCGGGCGCCACAGGGACCAGGAUGUCGGGGUCGAAGUCCGCUUCCUUCAGCAAAAUCGAGCAGCUGGACAGCCCGAAGAAAGGCGGAUCCGGGGAGAACGAGAAUCAUGCGCACUUCGAUGAUUCCAUCCCGCUCGCCGCCCAGGAUUACAUCGAGAAGCAGAAGAUCCAAUUUGCAAAAUACAGCGGCUACUGGAAGGAGAACCGGUACCACGGCGAGGGCAAGCUCGUGACGGAGAAAUUUUCGUAUCGCGGGCAGUUCGUCGACCACAAAUUUCACGGAGAAGGGAGACUGAAGCUGAAGAACGGGGAGAGAUACGCAGGUAAAGAAGGGCAUUUAAAUUUAUUUUGCAGUUGGCUGUGGGUGUGGCAGCUCCCUGUCCCUUGUUCUCAGUGCCUAAUCGUCCACUCCUUCUUUUUCUGACACCUGAUUCUCAAUGCGCCCUCGAACUGAACAAAGAAAACGGAGCGCCUUUGUUCACCCACCUUCUUCAGGUCAAUUUGUCCACAGUACCUACGAUGGGGAGGGUGUGCAACGAACCGAAACGGCCGGCUUCGUCAGCGGUUUCGGGCCGUUGAGCUACGUCGGCCAGUUCCAAGCCGGCAAACGGAACGGCACCGGGAGCGGUAAGUGUGGGCUUUCCAGUCUCACCUACUCUGGAGCGUGGAGCGACGACUUGCCGAUCGCCAAAAGUUGCAAAAUUGACAUCGUCGACCCAGCCGCGGCGAUCCCGGAAGGAGAGGACAAACCGGCAUCCUUGCUGAUACCAAGUAAAAAGAAAACUUUUCUGCACAAGGGACGACGCAACUACAAGAAUUUUGUUCUAGCACCUCUUUGUCACUUAGACUUACUUAAGUACAUACACACUUCAGCAUUGAUUUUGUAAAAAUAAAAUGAAAAACCACCAUGGCUUUAUUCAAUCGCUCAUCAGAAUCGGAAGAAACCCCGAACGAGUACAAUCCGCUGGACAUGAAGCGGGACGCGCUGCCGAUAACGUGGCUGCUAAACAGCGUGGACGGGGAGAGAACGCAAGUCACGCAAGAAGGCGGACGAAAAAUCCGUAUAGGAGAUCUUGAUGUUGACUAAAAUUUGUUCAGCAGCUGCAAAUCAAUGCAAAAAAAAACGAGCCUCAGUAACCUUAUUUCAUAGCAUUUGAAAUUGAAUGCAGUUGCAGUUCAUACAUGGCAGCCCUACCCCUAUGGUCACACUCACAGGUAUCUUCCUCUGUCCCGCCGAAUUGACAGAAGAGGAAACCGCGAACAACGUGGCCCCCGACGCUGCGCAGCGGCGGUGCCACGAAAGCACCGGGUCCAUCGAAGGCGGGGAGCUCGUCCUCACAUGGGACGCGCUGCCGGUAGACGCGGGCGCGUACAAGCUCUACAUAGUCGACGAAACGCCAGCGCAGCCAACGCGGGCGAGUAAAGCGAAUUCUUGUUUUCAACCGUGCGGGACUCUGGUUGUGGAUGUGAAUGUGUUGGACUGAAGGUGGUCAUGUCGGUCACAGCGCAAGAAAAAUGCAGCUAAUGUCAUCCUGUUAUGUAUGGUCAACGACCAACAUGAUUUAUGUAGGUCCACGUCGUGUAAUAACCCAUGUACAAUAUCCUAUCAUAGUUGAUGUAUGAACCUUGUUACCAAUGAUCCAAAACUGAAUGCCAGAAGCAGAAGAAAAAGAAAUUAAGGGUGUCGAGCUGAAAAGGCAAGAGUACGAAUGUCUAACGUGGAAUAUCUGUGUCAACCUGAAAUUCAAUACUACGCAUGCGUCGUGUGCUUUUACGACAGCAAAGAGAGAAGCAGAAGACGGUCUAAUGAGCGUGUAAUAUGGAAUGACUUUUGCCUGUCACAUUGUGAUUGUGUAUGAUUCGAUCUGAGAGGAAGAACAAAAAUUUCAGAAACGAGAAAGGAAAAAUAAAGACUCAACAUGUUGUGGCGCGGUUUAAGUAGUGUUCCCGCGUCCAAUUCGUCUGCUGAAACCUUAUGUACGACUUGAUUUCAUCGGUCUUUUUCUUGUCAGGAAGGGAAAGCAAAACCGAAUGUGAAGGGGG